AAAAUAUGGUCAUUAUAGAGGCGUUACUAACAAUAUAGUUUUUAAAAUAGAAUGAGAUUCGAACGUGAAUGCGUCAUUCAUGAUACUAUAAAUGCAUGUAAGCCAGAAACAGGAAUACAGCUGUUACGUAUAUAUUGUGAAAUAUGAUCAGCUGUCGGUCACAAUUAUUCAAAUAUUAGAAGCGCAUUUCGUUAAUUAAAAACCUCGAUUCUAUUAAUUAAUCAAUUUUCAUAUUGAAAAUUAUUAUUUCUGCAUAUAAAAUAAUCUUUUAAAUUUUUACAUCAUGCAAGAUCCAAAUGAAGAUACAGAAUGGAAUGACAUUCUCAGAAGAAAAGGAAUUAUACCUGAGAAACCUAAAGAAGUUACAGAAGAACAAAUAGUUGAUAUUGUGGAAAAUACCAUAAAUGAAAAAACUGGACGUGCUCCUAAUGAUUUAGAAAACAAAACAUUGGAUGAAUUGGAUGAAUUAGAGGAUGAAGAAGAUGAAAAAGUUUUAUUAGAAUAUCGGAGAAAAAGAAUAGCAGAAAUGAAAGAAUUAGCUAACAAAUCUAAAUAUGGUGAAGUUAAAGAAAUAUCAGCAGAAGAUUAUGUUCAAGAAGUGAAUAAUGCAGGGGAUGAUAUUUGGGUUAUACUUCAUUUGUAUAAAUCUGGCAUUCCACUUUGCACAUUAAUAAAUCAGCAUUUAAUUAACUUAGCAAAAAAAUUUCCUGCAACCAAAUUUUUGAAAAGUAUUUCUACUACUUGCAUUCCCAACUGGCCAGAUAGCAAUCUUCCUACAAUUUUUAUCUACCAUAAUGGAAAUAUGGUGAAACAAAUUAUUGGACCAAUAGAAUUAAGAGGCAUGAAACUAACUGAAGCAGAACUGGAAUGGAUGUUAGGACAAGCAGAAGCUAUACCAACAAAAAUUACCAAAGAUCCAAAACCAAAAAUCAGAGAUGUAUUAUUUUCUUCAUUAAGACAUGAAAAUGAUGAUGUUGCUGACAGUAAUGAUUGGUAAUUUUAUUUAUGUUGGGCAUUUAAAAAAGCUAAUGUAUUGUCUGAAUACUAUAUAUAAAGUAUUGACUAUUUUAUUUAUUUCAAAAUCACAUAUUUUAUUACACACAAAUUAUUUUUUAUUAUUUAAAAUUUUAUCAUUAUAAAUAAUCAUAUUCUCACAAUAAAAUAUUUUAUUAUCACGUUAUCAAUUUUAAAAUUAUAA